AUGCGCUCUGGAACGAUAUUCACCUUUUCGGUUACAGUACUCUCGUCUGUCGUCUGUGCUGCUCCUACACACGACACGUGCACCGAGGCAACCGAGAUCGUCAUCCGUCCCGACCUGAAGCAUCAGGUCAUUGAAGGAUUCGGCUUUUCCGGAGCAUUUCAGCGCGCCCAGCUCCUACUCAAUGUUACUGAGACCGUCCAAAAGGAACUCCUGGACCUCCUUUACAGCACAGAAACAGGUAUCGGAUUUUCCAUCCUGCGCAAUGGCAUUGGUUCUUCCAACAGUAGCUACAAUGACUGGAUGAACACCAUUCUACCUGUCUCCCCUGGUUCUCCUGACGGGGAGUUCGACUAUGUCUGGGACGAGUAUGACUCUGGCCAAUUCUUCCUCGCACAGCAGGCUGUCAAGUAUGGUGUUGAACGCAUCUAUGCCAACGCCUGGAGUGCGCCUGGAUUCAUGAAAAAUAAUAGUGAUGACGCCAACGGUGGCUUGCUGUGCGGCGUUCCGGGCAGCGACUGCGAAUAUGACUGGCGCCAAGCUUAUGCCGACUACCUCGUCAAGUACAUCAAGAUCUACCAAGACGAGGGUAUUCAGAUCACAGAUGUUGCUUGGCUCAACGAGCCUGAUCUGACAACCUCGUAUGCGUCCAUGCGCUCCAAUGCUGAGCAGACAGCCGACUUCCUGCCCAUCCUCUGGGAGUCUCUCAACGCCGCGGGUCUCGAUGUCGGCAUUGCUUGCUGCGAGCUCACCGGCUGGGAAAGAACAAUCGAGCUGGUGGCUGCCCUGCAGGACCUUGGCGUCGAGGACCUGCUGACGACCUGGACCAGCCACGAAUAUACGUCCAAGAUUGAUCAGCCGCUUGACACAGACAUCUCAGUCUGGCAAUCCGAGUACUGCGACCUCUCCGGUCGAUGGACUACAGCCUGGGACAGCGGCGUCUCCAACGGUGACGGUUGGUACUGGGCCGACAGGCUGCACAACGCUCUGACGGUCGGCAAUGUAAAUGCAUACAUUUGGUGGUUGGCUGUGCAGGACGAGGCCACUAACAACAAUAACAACGAGAAGCUAAUUCUUGUCGAAGAUGGAGAGUACGAGGUUGCGAAGAGAACGUGGUCGUUUGCGCAAUACUCUCGUCACGUCCGUCCAGACGCGCGACGUGUGGUAACUGAGGGCGGCGACCUGAAAACGACAGCAUACCAAAAUGCGGAUGGUCUUCAGGUUAUGAGCUGCAAAUUCCGCGAGUUUGAGAAGGUAACUGCCUGGUUGACGGAUGAAUAUCACGACAUGGAGGAGGUCAAGGUUGAUGUCGAUGAUGAAGGAAAUUUGACAGUGCAGCUAUCUGCCCGGGGACUGAUCACCGUCAAGGCAGAGUAA